AUGGUCAAGGAACAAAUCAUCCAGUCGGUGGAGCCCCUCCACGUAGGCCAAUUCAUGUUUUGCCGCGUCACGACCACCGAAGGAAUCAUCGGAUACGGCGAGGCGGGCAUCUGGGGCCACAUCGAGGCGGCGGCCACCUGCAUCAAGCGGUUCGCCGAGUACCUCGUAGGCAAGCGUGCCUUCGACAUCGAGCACCACUGGAACGUGAUGCACCGAUUCAGCUACUUUCAGGGCCUGGCGAUCAACUCGGCCAUCUCGGCCAUCGACAUCGCCCUGUGGGACAUCAAGGGCAAGGCCCUCGGCGUGCCCAUUUACGAACUCCUCGGCGGCGCGUGCCGGACCAAGGCGAGGAUCUACGGCCACAUCUACGAGAGCACAAUCGAAAAAGUCCUAGAGGAGUGCAAGCGCAAGAUGGAUCUCGGCUUCACGGCCUUUGGCCACAUCAACCCUUUCCUGGACGAGGGCACGGACAAGGUCUACUUCAAGACACACGUCCAAAAGAUGCAAGACGCCAUCGAGAACGUCAAGAAGAUGCGCGCCGUGGUCGGCGACAAGGACACCCACCCCAUGCUGGUCGAGGACCCCAUCCGCCCCGAGAACGCCGACGCCAUGGCGCGCGUGGCCCACCGCAUCUCCGUGCCCGUGGGUACCGGCGAGCGCUUCUGCACGAUUUACGAGUUCCAGGCCCUCUUGGCCCGCGAGGCCGUCGAGUACGCGCGAAUCGAUGUCGCGGUCGUGCCGCACAACCCCUUGUCUCCUGUCGGACUCGCUGCCUGUCUGCAAAUCGCGGCCGCCAUUCCCAAUUUUGCAAUUCAAGAGUACGCGACCGGUUUUGAGGCCGGCGUGUUCGAGAGCACGACAACGCACCUAGGAAGCGAUAUUGUUGACCACGUCCCUGUCCCCAAGGAAGGAUUUGUGGAUAUUCCCUCUGGUCCAGGCUUGGGUGUUAACCUGUUGCCAAAUGCGCAGGAGAUUCGCCCUGCUCUCGUGCAGCCGAUCAAGAUGAGGCCGCAUAGGGACGGGUUCAUCGUGGACCAGUAG